AUGAGGAAGUGUGACACAAGCCAGUGUGGGACAGCCCAGUUUGGGACAGCCCAGUGUGGGACAUUCCAGUGUGACAUAGUCCAGUGUGGAACAUUCCAGUGUGAGACAAUCCAGUGUCGAACAUUCCAGUGUGGGACAGCCCAGUGUGGAACAUUCCAGUGUGGGACCGCUUGGUGUGACACAGUCCAGUGUGGGACAGCCCAGUGUGUUACAGCCCAGUGUGGGACUGUCCGGUGUGAGACAGCCCAGUAUGGGACAUUCCAGUGUGGGACAGCUUGGUGUGACACAGUCCAAUGUGAGACAACCCAGUGUGGGACAGUCCAAUGUGAUAAAGCUUGGUGUGGGGCAUUCCAGUGUGGGGCAGCACAGUGUGAGAAAACCCAGUGUGGGACAUUCCAGUUUGGGACAGUCCAAUGUGAGACAGCUUGGUGUGACAUAGUCCAGUGUGGGACAUUUCAGUGUGGGGCCACCCGGUGUGAAACAGCCCAGUGUGGGACAUUCCAGUGUGGGACAGUCCAGUGUAAUACAGCUUGGUGUGACACAGUCCAGUAG